AUGACAGACACUGGUGAUAAACUCGGUUCAGUGGCAGCUGGUUCGAUAAGUUCGGUUCCUAAGAGCUUUCGUAGCGGUCAUGCCCCACGACCAAACGAUGCCUUUAUUGCCUUGAUGGGUAUAACUGGUUCAGGAAAGAGCUCAUUUAUAUCGAAAUGCACUGACAAGUCUGCUACAAUUGGUCAUGACAUGAUAUCAUGCACCUCUAUCGUCGACGUCUACCCGUACGAGGUGACGUCCGACUUUACUGUGUAUCUUAUUGACACACCCGGAUUCGAUGACACUGGCAGAAGUGACACCGAAGUCCUCAGCGAAAUUGCUGCUUGGCUGACAGACUCCUAUAAACACGAAAUUCGCCUUCAUGGCAUAAUCUAUCUCCACCGAAUCUCUGAUGUUCGGAUGCAAGGCUCAGCUAAGAAGAACUUGGUCACAUUUAAAGAGCUUUGUGGUGAGGAUGCCCUCAAGAAGGUGGUUUUGGCAAGCACCAUGUGGGAUAUGGUUCCUGUGGAGAAGGCUACCAAGCGGGAGCAAGAGCUCAAAGACACUCCAGAGUUCUGGGGCUGGAUGCUUUCAAAAGGCAGUUCAGUUCAUCGAUACAACAACACGGCUGAAUCUGCUAGAGAGAUAAUACUCUCGCUAACCGGCCAUAACGCACCUAUAGCGACUGAUUUACAGAAACAGAUGGUUGAUGAAGGGAAACGCCUUGACGAGACUUCGGCCGGUCAAGGGCUCAAGAACGAGCUUCUCAAAGAGCGACUGAAAUUGACAAAAGAACGCGAAGAGCUUCUUACUCUAAUCAAAGCAGCAAAAGAGAAGCACGACGUUGAUACAGAGGAGGCUCUUCAGGAAGAGAGUGACAGAUACACUGUCUUAAUAAAAAGGGCAGAAGACAGCGCCAAAGCUUUAAGGAUAAGCAUGGCAAAUCUAAUUUCCAAACGAGAUUUGCGUAUUGCAGAAAUGACUAAAGAGAUAAGAGAGGUCCAAAGUGAAUACGAAACGAACUUUCGGCUGAUGACAGUGGACAAGAUAACGGUAGAGGAUGAGAUAAUUGAGUUAAAAAACCAGCGAAAUCUCCAACGACAAGGGAAGUCGAGAUCCAAGUUAUCGACCAGUACUCCAGACACUAAGCUAGAGCUACCUGGGCAACGUCCAGAAAGGGAGGAGGAAAGCAUGCCUGCCACCAAGAUCGGAAUAUAUGUGUCUAUGAGCAAGUCAUUCUACGUUUUGCAAAGCCCCAUGUGUUGGAGUUGCAACGAAGUAGAGCUCCAGGAGUUCCAAGAUGGGAAGCGAAUGGAGCUGGGAUGCUUAGGUGCCGUGAGCGACCAAAGGACAGCAUGGAUUGUUCGUUAUGACAAUAAUGAUUGGAGGUGGUCUGUGGCCUUUGAGAGACAUUAUCCCGAGCUGGCCAAGCGUAUAAAGUCUUAUGGCCUCAAUGCCGUUGAGAUAUGUGCACUUGGUCCUGGCGAACGUUACUACACCAGAUGGAACGAGUUUCAUAGCUACAGCUGUUCGACCAAAUUCACCAAGACGGUUACCAGUAUCGAAACCAAUAGCUCUUUCGGUUCAGUCAAAGCGGUGUCUUUUGGAUACGGCAGCUCGUUUCUGGUUUCUUACGGAUUUGAAAGUGGCCACCUCGGCUGGACACAUGACCUCCAGGGUCACUACCCAAGUCUCUAUCGCUUUCUGAAAAGCCAGAAGAAGCUUGGAAACAAGAUCAGUAUACAUGCGGCGACUCUUGACCCCUCUAGUAAGACAGACUAUCUCGUUGUCUUCACUGAUAAUGACGGAAGGGACAGCAGCAAACUCAAGUACAAAAUGCACUGUCGUAAUAAGAAUACCCGACAGGCAGUGCAGCACUGGUGGGAGGUAACCAAAGGGCGUCGACCACCUCGUGAAAAACGAGGUUGA